AUGCAUCCUGGGGGUACAAAGAUGUACCAGACAAUCAAAGAACAUUAUUGGUGGAAUGGUAUGAAGAGAGGCAUUGUGGAGUUCAUUUCCAAAUGUUUGGUUUGUCAACAAGUAAAGGCAAAGCAUCAGGUCCCAGUUGGUUUACUACAACCCUUGUCGAUGCUGGAAUGGAAAUGGGAGAGAAUAAUUAUGGACUUUGUUUGUGGACUUCCUCACACUCAAAGGAAUCAUGAUGCAAUAUGGGUGAUUGUGGACAGGUUAAACAAGAGUGCUCACUUCUUAGCAAUUAGGAUGGAUUACUCACUUGAGCAUUUAGCCGAAUUCUACCAAUCGUCUAUUGGAAUGCGUCCCUAUGAAGCCUUAUAUGGAAGAAAAUGUCGGACCCCUCUUUGUUGGAGUGAAGUUGGUGAAAGAAAGCUUGUUGGUCCUGAAAUUGUGCAACAAAUAGAGGACAAGGUAAAAAUUAUCAAGGAUCGUCUAAAGAUUUCUUCAGAUAGACAAAAGUCAUACGCUGAUCUUAAAAGGCGUUACAUUGAAUAUCAAGUUGGAGAUAAAAUACUUGAAAGGGUUAGACCAGUUGCAUAUAAAUUAGCUUUGCCACCGGAGUUAGACAAGAUCCACAAUGUCUUCCAUGUCUCUAUGCUCAGAAGAUAUCGUUCUGAUCCAUCUCAUGUUCUUCCAGUUGAAUCUAUUGAGGUUAAUCCUGACUUGACGUAUAAUGAAGAACCUAUCCUAAUUCAAGCUCGAGAAGUAAAACAACUUAGGAACAAGAGAAUCCCCUUAGUAAAGAACAGUCACAGGUUGGCGAGUGUGCAUGGAUUACAGGAAGCUGAACAAGUGGACCUUGUAGGAGCAAUUCCCAAUGUCAUUCAUGGAUCAGAUGCUUGA